UGGAUACACUUACAUCAUUUUUUCUUAUUCAACAAAAUAAAAAUAUAUUUAUUAUCAAGACUGAAAAUUGGAAUCGACGGCGAUAUCGAAAUCUAAACGACGAGGUUGCUUCCCACCGACGACGUCUCUUUUUUCCGUUCCAACUCCGUCCCUUAAAUUUUAAUCGAGGAACAUGAUGAGGCUGAAGACAUAUGCUGGUCUUAGUUUGAUUGCAACUCUGGCUAUUGCAUACCAUGCAUUUAAUAGUAGAGGCCAGUUUUAUCCGGCAAUGGUGUAUCUUUCAACUUCCAAGAUCAGUUUGGUGCUUCUUCUCAACAUGGGUUUGGUUAUUAUGUGUGUUCUGUGGCAACUAACCAAAAAAAUAUUUUUGGGUUCACUUCGAGAGGCGGAGGUCGAGAGGCUUAAUGAGCAAUCGUGGAGGGAGGUUAUGGAGAUCCUCUUUGCGAUUACUAUUUUUAGGCAGGACUUUUCGGUUACAUUCCUUGCGAUGGUCACUGCACUGUUGUUGAUUAAGGCUUUGCAUUGGUUGGCUCAAAAGAGAGUAGAGUAUAUUGAGACCACUCCUUCGGUGACCACAUUGUCCCAUAUUCGAAUUGUAUCUUUUAUGGGUUUUCUUCUUCUUCUAGAUAGCAUUUUCUUAUACAGUUCUGUGAAGCAUUUGAUAGAAACGUGGCAGGCUUCAGUUUCACUAUUCUUUGCUUUUGAGUACAUGAUACUGGCAACAACAACAGUGUCAAUUUUCGUAAAAUAUGUUUUCUUUGUCAGUGACAUGCUUAUGGAGGGACAGUGGGAAAAAAAACCAGUCUUCACAUUUUACCUGGAACUUAUUAGGGACUUGCUGCACUUGUCCAUGUAUCUGUGCUUCUUCUUUGUUAUUUUUGUAAACUACGGUAUUCCCUUGCACCUAAUACGGGAGCUGUACGAGACAUUUAGGAACUUCAAAGUUCGCAUUGCAGAUUACAUUAGAUAUCGUAAGAUCACUUCAAAUAUGAAUGAUCGCUUUCCUGAUGCAACCCCUGAAGAGCUAAUUGCUAGUGAUGCAACCUGUAUUAUCUGUCGUGAAGAGAUGACUACAGCAAAGAAACUGAUAUGUGGUCACCUUUUUCAUGUCCAUUGCCUCCGAUCAUGGCUGGAGAGACAGCAUAGGUGCCCUACCUGCAGAGCCUUUGUUAUACCCCAAGAAAACGGAACGAAUGUUGCUGGAGGGCCGCAAGGAUCGCAAUCAGAUAGUCAUCGACAGGGUACUGGAAGCACAGGUCAAACUGAUCUUGCCAGUGGGGCGGCAACUGAUAGUUUGAGUCGGCAUCAAGCUAGACUCCAAGCAGCUGCUGCUGCAGCUUCAACAUAUGAGAAGUCUUAUGUUUAUCCCUCUGCAACUUCUUUUGUACGAUCUCCUGAGUACACUAUCUAUCCCCCAGUUGCUGAAUCUACUAAGGUUGAUCUUAAUGGAGAACAAGCUUCCAGUCAACAAGCUCAGAAGCAGUUUCAUAUCCCUGGUGGCCCAACAAAUGUACCUUUUCCUCCAAUGGGACACUUCCAUUUUCUUCCUUCCCAUCCACAUGCUGCCCCUUUGAAUUAUGGAGUUGGGUUGGGAAAUGAUCCAAAUAUCUCAAACUUUCAAAUGGAAGCUCAUAAAAAAGUUUUACAACAACAGAUUGAGAUUCUGCAAAAUCAGCUCCAGAAUCUGCAGAGCACCAAGGGUGACAGAAAUGUAGAUGAAGGCACACCAUCAUCAGAAAGCAGAGGCAAGCUUAGCACUUCCUAGUCAUCUGUUUCUGGUCACUAUUACCAUAAGGAGAUUAAAGGUAGCGAAUGUCUGGUUUAUACCAGGAGAAUCCCAAAUGUAGAUAUAGAAAGAGGAAAAUAGGGAAAUAACAGUAUUGCUCUAAUGUGACAUUUGUUCUUUUGGAUGCUGAUAUUGUAAAUGAAUAGUGCCCCUUAAAAUUGAUUUCUCUGGCUUUUUUAGAUGUGGAAUGAGAAAAAUUGCUGACCAGUUUGUCAUAAAUA